AUGGGGAGGCAAGAUUUCUUCGCAAAUCUACCAUCAGAAAUCACCACCAGCAUCCUCUCACGGCUCCCUAUCCGAAGUAUUUCAAUCACUAAAUGCGUCUGCAAAUCAUGGCUCGAUCUCUUCGAGUCGGACUAUUUUGAUUUCGUCAAAUCCAAAAUCAAAACCCCGUUCACCAUAUUUCGAAAGGAGAACCCUACUCGGUGCACCAUUUGGGAAUUUGAUGACGAAGAUAAAGCAGAUGCUCUUCGCUUCCACUGCCUCACAGAUAUUCAAAUCCCUCUCGAUGUAUGGGGAUCAUUUUGGGUUCAGCAAACUAAUGGUUUGCUUCUUCUAUGGACAGAAAUGGAUCGUCAUAAUUACAUAUGCAAUCCUCUAACUCGUGAAUAUAUCGAUCUCGGCAGCCCUGAUGUAUCCCGAAUGGGCGAUGGGUUUUAUUUUGGAUUCGGUGUGAGCAAAAGUGGGCAAUAUAAGGUCGUCUGUGUCAAUCCGGGUGCUGAGUAUCAUCAUGUAUACACCCUCGGAACAGGAACAUGGAGGCGCAUUGAAGCUGGCGCGACUUCUGGUUGUCGAUUCGGUGACAAUGACCCAGAAGAUCAUUACACUGUAUAUAAUGGAAACCCCCAUUGGAUGGUAUAUAAUAUUGAUAAAGAUGAUAAAACCUUUAGGAUUUGGGCUUUUGAUGUUGAAACAGAAUCUUUUAGCAUCUUCACUGCGCCCGAUGCACGUGGACAUGCUGGAGAUGAAACUCUUUGGUGCUUGAGAUUGAGUGUUUUGGGGGGCUGCCUUUGUUUGUCUUACUCUCUAGGCGAAAGCGAAUAUUUCGUCAUCUGGUCGAUGAAGGAAUACCAAGUCGAGGAAUCUUGGACCAAGCACCAGAUUAGGAUUGAUUGUUAUUGUAAGUUCGAAAUGGAAUAUAUGAUUGUUGCUCCAAUCAAAGUUUACAAAAAUGGUGAUGUUUUGAUGUUUCUGGAUGACGUAUGCCUCGUCUACUACUCCAACAAGACGGAAACUACUCAACGAGUCGGUAUGUUUGACAUUACCCAUGCCACCAUUUUUACUCCUAGCCUUUUCUCACUCAAGAAUUUUGGAGGCGAGAAUGUGAUCUCGUUUCAAACGCGUAUGCAACCACAAGCACAAGUUGAGCAGAUUGCGGACGAGGUAGAGCCGCCAGCCCCUGCUGGACGACCACAGCGCAACCGACGGCGCCCCAAGCGAUACGAGGAUUAUGUUCCCCAUUGA